AGGAGAGCCAUAAAUCGUUGUUAUUUUGCACCUUUUCCAUCCUGUACAUGACUUCCCUUGCCUGGUACAGCCAAGUACGGCCCAGGGCUGGAAAGUUUAUAAAAGGUGGCGCUGGCGCAGCUGCCUCAGCUCAGUGGAGUUUCAAGGCGCUAGGCGAGCACCACGGCUUGGGAAACAUCACCUAUCAUCUAGAAGUACAGUCUGAGGUAAGGACCCAUAGGUAGCGCAGGAGUGCAAAAUGUUGCCCAUUUUCAGCCUGUGCCUCGUGGCGCUGGCCGCCACCUGCAUGUCACAAACCGUCGUGCAGCCUGAGACGGACAACGACGUGCCGCGUGAUGACGACAUUCAGCAAUGCAUCGACAACGACGCCUUGACAACGGAGAUACUUGCUGCAAUGGAGAGUGCCAUUAAGAUUUCGCAGUACGGAACCCAAGCUGAAAAGCUGAAAGCGCUGAAGCGCGUGGAGAAACACGUCAGCAAAAUGAGGCAAAUCAUCCGUAUCGAGGAGGAGGAAUCUGCCAAGCUUAGAGACUGCUCGGAGGUUCAACAUUCCGGAGCGACCGAAAGUGGAGUCUACACCAUCACUCCUCCUGGCUCAGAGGCGAUUGAAGUCUACUGCGACAUGAUCACCGAUGGCGGGGGAUGGACGGUGUUCCAGAGACGCCAAGACGGCACCGAGAGCUUCGACCGUCUCUUCGAGGAUUACAGCCGAGGCUUUGGCGAGAGUGACGGGGAGUUCUGGCUUGGCAACACCGCCCUGCAAGCAUUGACGGCCGAGGGGAAAGUCGAUCUCCGCCUGGACAUGUGGGACUGGGAGGGCAACUACAAGUACGCCACCUAUUCUGGUUUCCGGGUCUCUGGGGAGGACUUUACUUUGAGAUUCACCGAGAACAGCUACCAAGGAACUGCAGGUGACUCCCUCAGCUACCACAAUGGUAAGGGCUUCACGACAAGGGACCAUGACGUGGACGGGGCCGGUUCCGGCAACUGCGCGGUCUGGCUGUACAGCGGCUGGUGGUUCGAUCUCUGCCAUCGUGCCAACCUGAACGGACGGUACAAGAACGAGCUGGACGCCACCGAAGGCAUGGAGCAGGACCAAGGGAUCCAGUGGAUGGCCUGGAAGGGAAACCGGUACUCGUUGUCCAGGUCCGAGAUGAAACUGCGCCAAGCCAGGAAGCCAAGCCUGGAGUCGACUAGACUUCCUUCAGCUACAUCUGCAGCAGCAGACUGUGCCGAGAUCAUGGCGUCGGGAAUCUUAGAGAGCGGUGUUUACAGCAUAUCUGCCCCCGGUAUGGACCCGGUCGAGGUGUACUGUGACAUGGACACCGAUGGCGGCGGAUGGACAGUCUUCCAGAGGCAAGAAAGUGCACUGGUCAAUUUCGACCAGGGCUUCCAGGAAUACUCCGAGGGUUUCGGCGAGGCUGCCGGCGACUACUGGCUGGGUAACAGCGCCCUCCGAAGGCUUACCGACGCCAAGCGCGGCGGAUUUGAGCUCCGCGUGGACCUUUGGGACUGGGACGACACACAGCGCUACGCCACGUAUCAGAACUUCUCCGUGAGCGGUGAACAUUUCACACUGCAUAUCGGCGAGUACUCAGGAGAUGCUGGUGACUCCCUCACUUACCACAACGGCAAGGGUUUCACGACCAGAGACAACGACGUGGACGGGGCGCUCGACGGCAACUGCGCGGUCUGGCUGUACAGCGGCUGGUGGUUCGAUCUCUGCCAUCGUGCCAACUUGAACGGCCGCUACAUGAAUGAACUGGACGCCACCACUGGUAUGCGGGAAGACCAGGGCAUACAGUGGAUGGCCUGGAAGGGGAACCAGUACUCGCUGAAGAAGUCUGAGAUGAAAGUCAGGCCUAUGGCGUAAAUGCCUUUAAUUUGAGAUCUAUCCAUAUUGAUAUGCAGUUUAAAGGCAUAUACUAGGAUCAGUUUUCGUUUAUUUGUUCGUUUCCAAUAAUAACACCACUCAAAAUUUACAGGAGAAUGUUCAAAAUCUAAUCUGUAGAAGUUUCAGCUUAGUGGAUUACACUUUUCGAGAAAACAGUGAAAAACCAUAUUUUCAUUUCGAAACUCCAUUUCGUCCAGGCACUCUAUUUCCAAAAAAUGAAUCGACUGAUCGUUGGAAUUACCUACAUUUCUCGUUUUCUUAUAACUGACAGCAAACCAGAAUUUUCACGGUGUGUUUAGUACCAGUGUGAUGUUGAAUCCUAGUAAGAUUUUUAAAAAAUAAUAAUUCGGUAGGCCUAUAUUAUUUUUGGGAUAAAUGCAAAUGAUCCUAUACAUGCCUUUAAGCACAGCCAUUAUUAUGCUGAUGUUAUUGUCAUAAAUCUUGUAUCGCCAAACAUUAGAGGACGUUACGUUCCACAACUUAUAAUCUUAUACCUGUAUUAGAUCUAUGACCUAUCUAUUAUAGAUAAAGUAUCAUUUUGGUUUUGUUUAUGCAGCAACGAGGAACGGAAAUUUGAGAAAAAAAAUCUUCACACACAUCAUUCUCUAGUUGUCUGAAAAUAUAACCAACAAGUCAUGACUGUAAUCUUUUUUCAACAAAAAAAUACAUUUGGACUCCAACUUAUACCACAGGUUAUUAAUUUUCCCGGCAACAUACUUCACAUCAACAUGAAAAAAAUUAUCCUGGCGUGUUUUUUUAAACUGCUAUCACACUAGAAUUAAAGUCAUUCAACUUCCUUUUCUGUUUGUGUUUUAACGACAGUGCAUUGACAAAUACUAAUAAAUAGAACAGCAAAAACAAAAUACACCAA